UCGCCGUUGCAGUCGGGCAAUACAGCCCGCUAUGGCAUAACGCGUUGAAACUCGUAGUUGCUCGAGUGCGAAAAAAAGUUAACCGCGAUAUCUUCGAAUUCCCGCGCAUUUUGAAAGUGACAGUUUUUUUUUUUUUCUAGUGCCAGUUCGAGGGAUGUGAUAGUGUUGUGUAUUAUUAUUUAUUUCAACACGAACUAUUGAGAUCCGAAUGUGUCUCAAAAAGGGAUAAGAAAAAUGGGUCACAAGCAAUACAGGGCGGUUGGGCAAACCGCCCGAAACCGGUUAUUCGGUUUGAAUCCGCGGAUAUCUGGAGACAAGAAACCGGUGCCGCUUAGUAUGUUAAUAUCACAACAAGGAAAAUUAAAUCAUGGUCGACUUGCAGUGAUUACCUUCAGUAUAUGUACAGUAGUUCUAGGUGUAGUUCUAUCCUUUGUGCCUUGGUUAGAUUAUAUUAUAUUUAGGGAAUUAAGAUUAUGGAAUGGGUCAGUUAGCUACAGUUACUGGCAGAAGCCUGGAGUGGUCAGGCUAACGAAGGUCUACAUCUUCAAUGUUACAAAUCCUCAGGGAUUUCUUGAGAACGGAGAGAAGCCAAGACUGAACGAAGUCGGCCCCUUUGUGUAUAGAGAAGACAUGGAAAAGGUAAACAUAAAGUUCCACGACAACGACACAGUAACAUUCCAACACAACAAGAUACUGAGGUUUGUUCCAGAGCUGUCCGUGGACAAGAACCAGAAGUUUGUUGUUCCAAACAUUCCGUUAUUAACAGUGACGUCAUUCUCACCGAACAUGGCCGGCUUCGUGUUCAACUUCCUCGUGUCGGGUCUCUCCAUCACGUACCGGGACCGAGCCAAGCCUUUCGUGGAUAUCACUGCUGAAGAACUGGUGUUUGGAUACAAUGACCCCCUAGUGACAUUGGCGCAUUACUUCUACCCAAAAGGAAAACGACCUAACAGCCAAAUGGGCCUUUUUCUCGCGAGAAAUGGUACACUGUCAGAAGUUUUAACUAUCAACGCUGGUCAAGACAUGAGCAGCUUUGGAUAUCUGGACAAAGUGAAUGGGCUCGAUCAUUUAACACAUUGGAAAGACAGACCCUGUAACAAUAUAAGGGCUUCAGAAGGAUCAUUCUUCCCUCCACGCGCGGUCACCAAAGAGGAUAUUGUUUACAUCUACGACAAAGACCUGUGCAGAGUGUUACCAAUGAAAUAUAGAAAGGAUGUACGAAAGCAUGGUAUAUUGGCUGGUCUCUACACCCCGCCAGAGUCAACAUUUGAAGCUGCGGACAUCAACCCAGAGAACAGAUGUUACUGCGAGAACGAAAAGUGUCCCCUGAGAGGUCUCCAGAACAUCAGCCCGUGUCAAUACAAUGCCCCAGUAUACCUGUCAUAUCCUCACUUCCAUGACGCGGAUCCAACAUUGAUGAAUCACGUUGAAGGUCUAAAGCCUGACCGAGAGAAACAUGAAAGUUAUUUUAUGAUUCAACCGAAACUGGGUGUCCCGUUGGAGGGGAAGAUUAGAGUCCAGUUAAACCUGAAAGUGGAUCGUGCUGCAAACAUCAGAAUCAAUAAUAUACACAAGUUUCCUGAUAUGGUGUUUCCGAUUAUGUGGCUGGAAGAGGGCAUAGACGACCUGACAACACCAAUAUGGCGGUACAUGUUCCUGGCAACACUCGUCGGUCCAAUCCUGGCGCCAGUAAUCUCCUACUCCCUGAUCAUUGUCGGAAUCCUGAUAAUUACAUACAUCUUCAUAAAGGCGUACAAAAACUUUGUAAUUGGCAACAAUUCUAUAGAAAUUGUUGAACUUGGAAGGGAGACAAUAAGACGUGGAUCUACACUUAUAAUUGCUGGUUCACAUAAGUUACUGAACCCAAGAGAAGCGUCAUAUCACCCCUUGUCGAAAACGUCAUCGUCAACGUCAAACUCUAGCAGUCACGACAAACUUCAGGAGUUAAAUUUUAUAGACAAUUCACAAAAUAUCAGCCGAAGCCUAGACGAAUUGAAAGAUAUUCUGAACAGAGAUUUCGUUAAGAGCAAUUUCAGUGAAACGGAACGCGAGUCUUUGAUAAAUUCGGAUAAUACGUUCAUUUUGUCUGAACAUAGUCAGUACAGUUUUUUUAAGUUGCCUGAAACCUAUUUGUAAGCUGAUGUUGUCUAUGGUUUUGAGACUGUCAUAAUUGAAAUUUGGUGAUUGUCAAGCAAUGCCCCCUAUAAAACUAAAUAGAAAUAGGAUAAUAUAUGCAUUCAUUUUAUUCUACUAAAUCAGCAAUUUCAUUGCAUGAUUAAUUAAAAAAAUUAUAUAAUUAUUUGUGAAAGUAUGUCAAUAUAUAUUCCUAAAAAUUGAAUAGGAAUAGAAGUAUAAUUAACAAUUAAAAGAUUAGUCUUUAACCUAUUCGAGACGUGUUUUUGACACGUCGAAUUCUGGCACGAGACUUAAAGACAACAUUUCCUGAAGAUGCCUCGUGCAACGGCGAAACACGUGUCGAAUUGGUUAGUGGCAUAUCUCAGCAGAGUUAACUCUCUAGAUAGCUCAUAGAAUUUGGAUGGUGCCAGAUUGGUUUUAAAGAUCAUAAAUGUUUCCUGUAUUAUUAAUUAACGUGAAUUAAAGUUAUUCCAAAUUUAAAACAUUUUCGGCUUUACAAAUAAACUUGGUAUAAAGUUAUAACUGAUAAUAAACCAAGAAUAUACAAAAUGUUUACAAAUAGACAUUUUACUUACGAAUGGUUUAUUCUGACGUUCGGUUCCCGCGUUUAUUUGCAAGGCUGACUGACAUUCGGACAGCUUCCGAAUUAUUGUAUUGAUAGUUGUCAGCGAUAUAGUCAGCAUUUAUAUAAUCUUAGGUAUAACUUGAUAGCAAGUUUAUUUGUAAGGCUUUUUGUCUUUUUAUAACCUUUGUCACUAAAGACUUACAUGACAGGGAAAAAGUAAUUUUAAUCAUGGAGUAACUUUUCACUGCGUUUAUUAAUAAGACAGUUAUUAAUUAGUUAGCUUGUCUCGAAACCAUAAUAAGACAAAAUGGGUUCAUCACUGACUGAAAGAUUCUAAUUACAAUGGAAUCUCAUAGAUUAAGGAUUCACUUAUCGUUUUGUGUGAUUGGCCUAACAGGGAUGCCAGGGUGCCUUAAUGGAAAAUAUUUAAUAUACGAAAUGUGUUAAAGACGUUGCCAAUGUAGUAUAGGAAAUAUAUUUUAGUAUUAGCAAUUUAUAUAAUAGUCCUCCAAUGAAAUAGCUGCAUGUUAUUGCUAUGGUGUAAGCUAAGAUAAUACGUCUAGAUAGUGUCGCUUGCUGUUAGACAACCGAUAGAAAUAGACCAGGUUUAAUCUUUAUUGUGCGUGCAAGAUAUGUCUUACACUCGCGAUUUGUAUGAUACUUUGUAGUAGUGUGCGUGCAUUGCUCAAAAUAGAUGCUACAAUUUUUUUUCGACGUUUUCACAGCUGUCUAUCUAGACGUAUCAAUGAUCUUAGGGUGUAAGCAUCCUUAAUAUAAGGUGCUUGACUUUGAUAAGAGAUUUAGUGUGCCGUGAUGUCCAGCUUUUUGAUUUUAUAAGUCAAUUAAAAAUAAACUCGAAACUUGAGAGUAUUAAACUUCAUAAGUGCCAAAUUUGAAAGGGAUUAACACUUAUGGAAAGUGUUAAGAAAAUCAGGAACUGUGCAACGUAAUUUUCAAAAAUAAUAAAACGAUUAAACAAGAGAUUAACCAACUUUAAGUAUUUCAUAGAUAUUGAAAUAGACCUAAUGCAGUUAUUAUUGUUUUAACUGUACAGCUUUAUAAAAUUGCUCAAUUCUAUAUUUAAAUUAUAUGUUGCCAACAUAAAAAAUUGGGUUUCAUUUUUAAAGAGAAAUCAAACGUUAUGCUAGUCGUAAUUUUUAAUGAAUAAUGACUAUUACAACGAUACAAUUGCUUCUUUCUAAAAUCUUAUUAUUUUUAAAAACCACAAUCUGAUAAUAUGUUUAUUCUCUUCACCCAAGUAUUUUCUUCUGUAUCUUUAAUAGAAGUUUUUUAACUUUUUGUGACUCCAAUAAAAUAAAUGUAUUAAUUGCAGAAUUAUGUGAGUGUUGGGUGUGGUGAAGGAUAUCCUGUUUAUACAAACGGUUAGGGGAGACAAUAUUAGCUUUGUACUUAAAUAGAUUAUUAAUUUGUUAUACGUCCUAAUGAAUGACGCAAUAUAUUAAUUUAUAAUACCUACCUACGACGCGGCUAAUUUAGAAAGAUCACCAAAAUCAUCGAAGAUUUCAAAUACUUUAUUGAUAAAUUUACCUCUACAUCAAUUAAUUUAAGCUUAAAUAGCAAAUGAAUAAAAUUUUAUUAUAAUAAUUCUACCUGAUUCAGGAAAAUCAAAUUUAAUACCUAACUAAUCGCAUUUCAUGCUAAACUUAUUCCUUCUUUUAUGAAUAUCUAAUGUAAUCGAGAUUAUUUCAUUUGUGCUGGUCAAUAUUUUAGAUUUAAUGCACCCUAUAAUAACUUCUGAUAUAAUGCAUUCCGCGCAAUAGAUUACUAGAUUUUAUUUACUAUGUUCAAUAUUUUUUAAGAAAAUAUAAUUAUCAAAUAAAUAUAAGAAAUGUUAUAUUAUUAAGCGUCAUAAUUUUUCAGUAUUUUAAAUAAGCAUAUUAUGUACUCUUGUAUCUCCAAUGCAAUAUGAUAACAAAAUUGCCAUUGUCAGAAUGUUACCAGUAAGAAUAACAUUUUAUAAAACGUUUUGUGCAGUCAAAAGGUUUAAUUUAUAACCCAAAUACAGCCGAAUCAUCAUAUUUUUAUAAUUAUUGACUGUGAUAGUUUCAUAGAACUAUAUUCUGAAAUGGGUUGCAAAUUAUCCGCUUUUGGGUGUAAAUCAUACAAAUUAUUUUAUAGUUACCCUUUUAAUUAUACCUAGGAUUAUUUUAAGACAGCAUCAGGCCCAAAUUACCUUACAAUUAUAAUCUGUUAUCUAGUUGUCCGAGGACCGCAAUCCUCGAAUCAUUUGUACACUGUAAUUAUCCGGUAACCAUAUGAUAUCUAGACUGCAUUAUUAUCAAGGCGAUUACUUCGUAAACUAGGGUAUCUAUAAGGAUAAAGUGUUACAAGAUAAAACUUUUGCAAACCUGGAACUGCAUAAGAGUAAUAGCUAGUAUAAUGACCGACAAAUCAAUUGAAAUAAUGACCUUUAUGCCUAGAAAUAUGCUAGUUUUAAGGCGAGGUAGUUUUUUUUAGUCACGGCGCGCUCUCAACGUAAUUGAGUGUAGUGUUGUGACGUCAUACGCCUCUAGCGCAGCGUCUAGCUCAACAACUGAAUAUUUCGGAAACUAUACGCCGAAUAAAAAUUGUAUUUUUUUUAAAUAUUGAUGCACUUAAAGAAAAAUUUAAUAAUUUGCAAAUACUCUGUUUACUGGGCAUUUUCCGGCCCCAAAAAGGCCACCGGCAGGUCAUUUAACAGGUUUCCAGCCAAAAUGCUGUCCACUAAUCUCUACUUUAUGUAUAUAUGAUACCUGAUAGUUUCAGGUCCACUCGAUGUAAUUAUGUAAGGGGUAAAUGGGUAUGCUUGCGACAUAAAGUUGACCUUUAUCCAUGAAGCUUCAUGGAAAGAAAAAGAUAGGACAGACAGAGUUUUCUUUUCCCAGAUACGUUUUUCACCAACAAAACCCCCAGUGUUAUAAACAUAAUCGUAAUCAUAACAGUAAAUUACUUCAAUCAUAAAAGUACAUGAAAUUGUUUUAAUAGUAUAUGAUAAUUUAAUUGGGCAAAGUCCAAGUAUACUUUAAAUACCAUCAAAGGUUUAUUAGUAGAUUUUAACAAUAACCUUUAAAUUAUAUAUAUGUAUAACCCCGCGCGUUAUAACGGGGAUAGGCCGCCAAUUGGUGACGUCAGUCCAGGCACUUCAAAAAUCACCAGUCAGAAGUAGCGUUCGCAAUGUAACGAGUGCGUGCUGACGUCACGUGUCAGUUGUCAGUGUGACAUAAUUCCAUCCUUUUUCCAAUACGCGGAACUGUCAAUACACCGCGUCAAGUAUAAGUUGGCGUUCUGGUAGUACAUGAGAGAAAAAUAGUUUUAUUUGUAUUUCUGUAUUUUUAUUUUAGUGGUGGAAACAUUAGGAAAAAUUAUUUUAACGGGUAGGUACUUCUCAUAUGUUAUGUUUUUGAAAGUUGAUACAUGGCAAUACAAUGGCAUUUAUUAUUGCUUUCACUGACGUUUCAAUAGUUGUAAAAUUGAUUGAUCAGUAUAAAAUUACACCUCAGAAUACAGAGAUUGUAUUCUGAGUGUUACACUUAGAAAUUGGCUAGAUGCAUGAUGUACAGAUUUUAAUUUAAAACAAUAUAUGAAAUUGGCAAAGGGUAUAUAUAUUUUUAUUGUGUUAUCAUGAUGUAAAAAGUGAAUAUAAAAAUACAUGCGUAUUCCAUAUUACGGUAUAAGCUUUAUAUUAACUAAGUAGUGUAUUAUUAAAAUCUUCAUUACUUUGUUUAUGUCUCAUGCCAACUUAUAUUUGACAAGCUAUAGAUACGUCAAUUUUUUUUUCGUAUAUAAGAAUAUUGCCACAGCUUUCAGGGAUGUGAAAGAGUAUUGGUACUCAAAAAAUUAUUGCAGAUUAUGACAUCUUUAGCAUAAUAGAUCAAAAUUGUUUUUUUAACUGCUUAAUGGUUUUGAAGACCUGAACUUUUGCUUAUCAACUGAGUUAUCAAAUGAAUAUUUGUUUUUUAAAUCUUUACAAUAUGUUGUUUCGACAUGUUUUAAUACUGAUCUGAUAAUUACGAGAGAUUGUCAGAAACCUAAGCACCUCUUCUCCCCUUAAUUAUACAUUUAUAAUAUAAUAAUAUAUUAAAAUAUCGAAUUCAAAUUGCUCAAAUGUCUGCUUUGUUUGUGUGUAUGCUUGUUGUAUGAUUCUAUGAUAAUUUGUUUUUAGAACUGUUUUUGAAAACGUAUACUAGCCCCCGUAGCUCGUGACACACUUGUAAAACUGAGUAGUAUUGCCUAUAGUGCGCACUCACUCGCACCUACGAACCAUAUUUGAUUUUUACAUCUGAAAGUAAUUAAUAGUCGAACUUGUGUGCCAAGAGCUCUGGGGCUUGUAAAAAAAGCUCACGAUAUAGCUUUAAAACCGAAGACUUAAGUAUUGAAAUGGUACCAGACACCAGUUAACAUUCCAUUUUGUACUCUACUACGAUGGUGUAAGGUCUAUUUUAUUGUAAAUAAUGUUAAUUCUAUACUUUUGUAUCCAAAUCCUUGUUUAUAAUAAAAUUUAUAAGAACAUAAA